AGAAUGCUGACGAACCUGACAAACCAAACAGAGGACGACCCCUUCUCCUGCUACAGUCCUUUACUUGUAGGAUACCGUUACUUUGCUGUGGUGUGGGGAUGUGGCGUGAUCAUCACUGGUACGGUGGGGAACCUGAUGACCAUCCUGGCCUUCGUCUUAGACCCACGUCUGAGGACUCGCUUCAAUGUGCUCAUCGUUAACCUGGCUGUAGCCGAUCUCCUGUACUGCACCACACUGCAGCCCUUCAUGGUUGACACAUAUCUAAACCUCAGAUGGCGCAGUGGUCCACUCUGGUGCAGCAUCUCUGCCCUGCUUAUCUUCGUUUCCUACAGUGUCUCCAUUGUCACCCUCUGCCUGGUAGCAAUGAGCCGAUAUCUCAUGGUGGCAAAAAGGGCUUGGUUUGACCAUGUCUUCUCCAAUUGGGGUCUUACUUUACUCCUGAGCUCAUCGUGGGCACUUGGCCUGGUCUCGUUCAGCCCACUCUGGCCUGUUUUUGAGUUUGUGCCAAAGGUGUGCGCAUGCAGCUUCAAUCGCACCAAGGGUCGUCCCUACAGCACCAUUGUGCUCUUUUUCUACCUUUUUGUUGGUCUCGGCUGUGUCAGUGUAUUCUACCUCCUCAUCUACAGACGUGUCAGGAUUGCCUCAAAAGCUCUGCAGCGCUACAGGAUCAGCUACAAGUCCUCCAGGAAGAAACCAGCUUCUUCAGCUCAGGAGACUGAUGACAGUGGUGGAGAAAAGACAUGUACCUGGGAGAUGAGCAGUCAGGUAGAUCUAUCUGAGGCUUCUACCAUGGACCCAAAUUUAUCAGCAGCCAACGAGUCUCCCCUUGACAUCAUUCCAACAUCACCUUCAGCCACACCUGCUCCCACAAAGGCAACAUCCUCUGGUCACUCCACAGCCUCAGGAGAUGAUAAAGAAAUGAAGCGUGUGACACGCAUGUGUUUAGCGGUUUUCCUGUGCUUUUUGAUUUGCUUUGUUCCGUACAUUGUUCUCAACACAUUAGAUAAACAUGAACGUGCGCCACAGGUUCUGUACAUGCUCAGUGGGAAGAUCAGCGGGCUCAACACCUGCAUCAACCCCAUGCUCUAUGCUGUCAUGAACAGACAGUUUCGACAGGCCUAUCAUGUGUUGCUCGGCAGGGCUGCUGCACCAUUCACCUGCCUCUGGACCUGGUGUUCCACCAAGUGACAACCUUCAGAUAUGAAAACUGAAGCCAAUUCUGAAGUGCCAAAAACUGCACUUCCAUAAAUUGCCUGGCCCUAAAAGCGAGUUAAUCCUCAUGUUGGGGUCACAGGUAUC